UGUUUAUCAUAAGCAUAACGAAUAAUGGAGUUUAGUUGUUAACAAAUUUAUAUGGAACAAUAUUGGUAAUUCAUUAAUCAAUUCAGUUUAUUAUAAUUGUAGAUAGAUCAUUACAAAUAGAAUGUUAUUUAAACAAAAUAAUAAACAUGUCAACAAAUGGAAAUUCUCAUCUACUGUAGAUUUGAAAAAAUUCUUUAUCAUUAUUUGUUUACCUUUAAUUGAAAUGAUUAUUACUACAAUACUCAUGUGUAAAUUUUGUGAUAAAUGUAAGAACAUUCAUCAAUAUAAAUGGUAUCUAUUAGGUUUAAUACCAAGUUCCGUAAUUUUCUCACUUCUAAUGGUCACUAUUCGUGAUAUGCGUGCACGUUUCCCAAUUAAUUAUGUCUUCUUGUUUUUAAAUACUCUGUUAUUAUGUUACGCAUUUAUACCACCAAUACUAGGGAUAACAAUUGGAUAUAUAAUGAUAUCCUUUAGUGCCGCAGCAUUUAUUACAUUUUCAAUGAUAAUACUCGGGAUGUUCAUCAAGGUUAAAAUUCCUUUUGUUUUGUUGAUUACUGUUUUAAGCAGUUUCAUCAUUACAGGGCUUGCAAUAUCUGUUGUAUUGUAUUUUACCCACAAAGAAGUAGCACUUCAUGUAAUGGGAACAUUUUUUAUCUUGUCAGUUUUACCGGUCCUGUUAUUUAUUGGCCAGCAGCUGAAAAUUGAAUACUCUCCAUGGAUGCUUCCCUCCAAUUAUAUAUUAUAUGCUGUACUGGUGUCAGUAAUAUAUUUGUUCAUAUUCUAUUCAAUCGCUGUGCAAUUUUUAAAUCACAGAAACAAAUCAACACGUUAUGGCUGUUAAUGUGUACAAUGUAACGUCUAUAAAUCGAAAUGUAUCGUUUCAUUUAAAUUAUUUUAAUUUCAAAUGGCAAUAGUUAUUCAACAGUUAUAAAUAUAUCCUGCCGCUUGUU